GUUUGUCGCUACGCAGGUCCAAGAUGGCGGAUUUCCUGCACGAGACCAUUCCCGCUGUCAAAGGGACAUGCUUCCAACUCCGUAAGAGUGGCUGAGUAGCGUCACGUGGCGUUUGAAGGGGUCCACGAUCAGUGAAACUUCUGGUCGAAGCUGAACGUUUGCGCCGACAGCCUCCCGAGCAUGGACCUGCAAGAAGAUGAAGAAGGAGAAAAAGAAGAAGGAAACAGUCGAGGAUAUGCAGUAGAACAGCCGCAAGAUGGCGACACAACGAGAUGGAAGCCAUCCACCCGGACUGCGCCAUCAUUGCUCAGCACCUGAGGGCCCGCGAGACCUGCAGCCAGGCGAGGAGGAGGGAAGUUCAGAACCAGACGGCGCGAGGCGGAUGCCAGACGGACUGGGACGAGAUCGGGUGCUGGCCGAGAGCCGACGCGGGGCAGGUGGUCAACGUGUCGUGCGCCGACGUCUUUCAGCAUUUCUCCAACGGUCAAGGGUCGGUUUACAGGAACUGCACAGCGGACGGCUGGUCGGACGUGUACCCGGCCUACGAGGAAGUCUGCGACUUCAGCGACGACAGCGGGCCGGAAUCCGAGACCAGUUACCUGUCCACCUUCAGACGGGUGUACACCGUGGGCUACGCCACCUCGCUCAUCUCCCUCAUAACGGCCAUUGUGGUCUUCACCGCCUUCAGGAAGUUCCACUGCACCAGGAACUACAUCCACGUCAACCUGUUCUCGUCGUUCGUGCUGAGGGCCAGCGCCGUCUUCGUCAAGGACACGGUGCUGUUCGCCGACGAGACGCUGGACCACUGCUCCGUGUCCACGGUGAGCCCCCGUCCGCGUCCCGAGCGAGUCGACUUCAACAAAGCCGUUUUUUUUUUUUUUUUGCGUCGCUCCCGUCAGGCGGCGUGCAAGUCGGCCGUGGCGUUCUUCCAGUUCAGCAUCCUGGCUAAUUACUUUUGGCUGCUGGUGGAGGGCAUGUACCUGCAGACGUUGUUGGCGCUCACCUUUGUCUCCCAGAGGAAGUACUUCUGGUGGUACAUCCUGACCGGAUGGGGGCUCCCGUCCACGAUUCUCGUCCUUUGGGUCCUGACCAGAUUCUUCUACGAUGACAGAGGUUGCUGGGACGACACGGAUAACGUUGCCAUUUGGUGGAUUAUUAAAGGUCCAAUAACAGCGUCGUUGCUGGUCAACAUCGUCAUCUUCGUCAACGUGAUCCGCAUCCUAGUGCAGAAGCUCAAAUCCUCCUCCAUGUCCGGGAACAACGACACCGGACACUUCAUAAGGUUGGCCAAAUCCACGCUCUUCCUCAUCCCUCUCUUCGGGAUGCACUACACCGUCUUCGCCUUCCUGCCCGAGAACACGGGCGUGGCGGCCCGGCUCUACAUCGAGCUGGGCCUGGGGUCCUUCCAGGGCUUCGUGGUGGCUCUGCUUUACUGUUUCAUGAACGGAGAGGUGCAGGCGGAACUGCGGCGGCGGCUGUGGAAGUGCCGGAACUGGAGCGGGCGCGUGCCCGCCAAACGGAGCCUCAGUCAGGUCAGCCUCGGCGCUCGCGGGGGCCUGCGGCGGCCCCCCUCCACCGGGAACGUCUCCACCGUAUGACCGUACGGAAGCGCCGGACGGACGUUUUCGAUCCGCACGCGCUUGGAACGUGAGUGCUCGCCGCCAUUUUGUCUUGAAUAACACGUUUCCGUGCUGCUCUGAGCCUUUGGAACACUUCCUGUUUCUCAAAAAUUGUUUUUUUUUUUGUUUUGUUUUGUUUUGGCUUCGGAUGAAUGACAUUUUGUGUCAUUUUUGGACACAAUACAGUUUUAUGUUGGCCUUGUGGAGGUUUUUUUUUUUGCGUCAAAAUGAAAAAAAUAGCCAAUGAAAUAAAGGAAUAGUUAUUUCAUUUCAGAGGAUAUGUCACAAUUUGAUGAACUAUUGGUUCCUUUAUUUUCCAUGAUAAUGGAUUACCUCAUUUAUGUAUUUUUUAACUUUAAUCAGCUAAUAUUUUUGCGUCCUCUGUGUACUGUUUUGCUGCUUCCCGAUGUUGACACGCUGUUGAAUUUGCACUAAGCAAAGUCACCAAAUGUAAACAUGAAAAUGUGGUCGGACUGAGCAUUUUAAAACUUCUAUUAUACAUUUCAAAACAGUCAGCGGAAAUUAUUUUACCAUAUUUUUUUUUUUUUUAGUGUACAGUAGGCACUUUGUAUCAGUCUACAUUGACCUAUUUUCGCACAGUAUUUUACAUAUUUAUAUAAAAUGCACUGUAUUUUCCCAUUGUUGUGAAUGUA